AUGCCAGCUGAUCCACAAGCCGCAAUUGUAAAUGCCAAAGCAGCAAAGGAACUCGGAUAUACACAUUUGAAAUAUUUGCAAGACGGUGGAUUCAGUCAUGUUUCCCUCGUAAAAAAGAAUGGUGAUAACACAGAAGUCGUCAUGAAACGUCUGACCGCCAAAGGACAAGACGUUUGUGAAGCCGAAUGCCUCAUUCAUGGGACAAUGAGUCAAUCGGGCAACCGAAACAUUAUAAAAUAUAUCACAGAUGAUGAUUAUAAAGGAGAUAAGAUCAUUUUUGUGGAGUACGCGAAUGAGAGUGAUCUAAAAGAUCACAUCCCGUUCGGGUUAAGUCCGAAAACCGUGAAUAUGUUUUUCAAGGACUUACUCUCGGGUCUAAAACAUAUUCACACUCUCGGCCAUUGCCACCGAGAUAUUAAGAGCGAAAACUUAUUUAUAUCAAACGGCGUGCUGAAAAUCGGAGAUUUCGGUCUUGCCGUCAGAUUCCGAUUCGAUGGCACAGCAUCAAAGGUUCGGAGCGGAUAUGGAACCAAGAUUACGUUCGCGCCCGAGAAUUUUGAGAAGGAUCGUGUCGAUGGCCCAGCUUUGGAUGUUUGGUCAGCAGGAAUCGUCCUUGUCAACAUGCUGACCAACAAGCUCCCAUGGAAAAGAGCACAACCAAUAGAUUCUGAUUUCUCUAAAUAUCUCGCGGACCCUAAAUGGAAUGCACCAGAAUUCAAAAAGAUCGAAGAGUCUUCUUGCGACGGUCCGAGAAUCAUGAAAUUAAUCCGAAAAAUUCUUCAAGUUGAUGUCUCCAAAAGAAUCUCGGUGGAAGAGAUUCUUCAAGAUGAAUGGGUCACCAACUUUAGAAGAACUUACGAACAGAAAAUACUGGAGGAAGCAGCGGAACUUCCAUCAAAGCGCAUUCGUAACGUAAGAAAUUCUCACCAAUAA